AUGGCAUUCAGAAGCAAUGAGAUGCUACUAAGCAUGUUCUUUGUUGUAUUGUCUCUUUGGGGUGUGACAAUGGCACAAACUGACUCAAGUUGCACCAAUGUGUUCAUAAGUCUUUCUCCAUGCCUUGACUACAUCACAGAACAAACUUCCACUCCUUCCUCUACUUGCUGCUCACAGCUUGCUUCUGUUAUGGGGUCACAACCACAGUGUCUAUGCGAGGUUGUUAAUGGCGGUGCUGCUUCGUCUAUUGCUGCUAGUUUUAACAUCAAUCAAACUCGCGCUUUAGCACUUCCAACUGCUUGUAAUAUCCAAACACCUCCUAUCAACACUUGCACCGGAUCAAUUUCUUCUUCGUCUCCUCCGGCAGGUAUUUCUGUUUCCAACAUUCCGAAUUCUCCUUCAGGGAGUUUUUCAUCAACUACCGGAAGCAGUGGAAGUAUUCGUGGCUCGUCGGUAUCUUAUAGAACAUCAUCAAGUUCUGGAAAAUUACAAUGUUCUUUGUUUGUUCUGGUUAUCUUUGCAAAGUUCACAUUCAUAUUCAUGACCACUACUUAG